AGCCUUAAGAUCGAUUCUCCACCGCGAUCCACCACGUCUACACAGCUCGUUCCCCAUUCCAAAAGCCCCAGGCCUAGAGCUUCUCCUUGAAUCUGCUCUUUUUCUACGACCAGAGUCAACGCUAAAAUAGAUAUCCAAUAAUUAUUCCAUACCAAAGCAACUCUUUUGGAUUCCCUUUCUUUCUGGUAGCAGGACUCCCGUAGUAUAUUUUAUAUUUUCCAUUUCUUUUAGACGACCAAUCAACCCGGAGACUUCACUUAGGAACGCCGCCAGUAUGAAUUUCACUAAGAAGAUGGAUCGCGCCUUUCAAUGGGCUGGCGAGAAGAUGGGCCAUGAGGCCAAAACUGGUCAUACGGACGAAUUCAAGAAUCUGGAGACAGAGAUGGCUCUUCGACAUGACGGCUACGAACGUCUUCAGAAAUCCAUGAACACCUAUAUGAAGUCGCUUUCUCGCAAGGGCGAGACAUUCGAAGACAAGGAGAAGGGUCUCCCUGUCAGCUACCUUGGACGGACAAUGAUGAGCCACGGCGAGGAUUUCGAGCCGGACUCAGAAUUUGGCAAUUGCCUAGUUGCCAUGGGCAGGGCCAACGAACGCAUUGCUGGCAUUCAGGAGACAUACGUUGCACAUGCUACCUCUUACUGGUUAGAAGGGCUAGAGCGGUCGCUAGCUAUGAUGAAAGAAUACCAGUCUGCCCGUAAGAAGCUCGAGAAUAGACGUCUCACAUACGAUGCAUGCAUGGUAAAAAUGCAAAAGGCGAAACGGGAAGACUUUAGACUUGAAGACGAGCUUCGAACCGCGAAAGCCAAGUACGAGGAGUCGUCCGAAGAUGUACUUCGCCGAAUGCAAGAUAUCAAGGAGGCCGAAGCUGAAUCCGUCCGCGACCUCACAUGUUUUCUUGAUUGCGAGUUGGACUACUACGAACGCUGUGCUGAAGAGCUCCGGCGUGUGAAGCAGGAAUGGGUUGGAAGUCAAGGUCAGGCAUCCGGCGGUUCUCGACCUGAGCUUAGUGUCUCGCGACGUUCGACGAGAAGUAGGAGCAACACAGCCCAGUCAUCGGAACGAAACGAUCGCACUGAACGGUGGGCAAGCCGACAAGACAAUUACGAGCGAGACGAACCAGCCCCUGAACCUGUGCAGAUGCCCAUUCGCUCCAGUCCGUACCGCGGAAGUGGAUCAGUAACUCCUGAGGCUCAAAGGCCGGGAAUUAGUCGCGCAACCACACACGCGGGUGCGUUUGAUGGGCCACCACCGAGACGACAGUCGUACCGCGAACCUCCAGCCCCGCCUUCUGAUUCACUACGCAAGACGCCCAUGGCACCCCCUCCGGCUAUAGGAUCUCUUCGCAAUAAUCUGCGCCCAGUAAAUAGAGUCCAGACCAACCAGAAUUUAAGUCCCGAUGUCUACGUGGAUGAUUACGACACGACCAAUAGUAGCGGGAGUCCAGAUUAUGAUCGCAGCGAAAGCCCGGCUACGAGCUAUGGGAGUUUAAGUCGCAGUACAAGUAACACCGGGUUGCGUACUAUGGGGACGACGGGAGCGGUGAAAAAGGCUCCUCCGCCACCACCUCCAAGCAGAGCUAAGAAACCGGCGCCGCCUAUUCCCUCCAGACCAGCAGGGUACUAAGGUAGCGGUAAACCGUCUUAUGAUCUUCCGUACGUCUACAGCUCGUUUUUCUAUCCUGGAGUGCGGAACUUGGGCACUUGAAAUAGACAUCUUAGCGAUCAAAUAAGUGCAAUUGCUUA